AUGUACGCUUUUGAUGGGUGCUUUUCAUUCAAUUAUGAUUGUGUUGAGGGUUGUAUGAAUUGUAUAAAAGGAGUUUGUAUUAACUGUUAAAAUGGAUGGUAUUAUGCUAACAAGAGCUGCAGGCCAAUCUGUGGAGAUCUUAUUUUGAAAUCAUACGAGGAAUGUGAUGAUGGAAAUUAAAUUGCUUAUGACGGAUGCCACAAUUGCAAAUUUUCAUGUCCUUUAGAUUGUGAAAUAUGCUAAUUUGGAUUAUGCCUUUAAUAUGGCCAAUCAAAUUAAUAACAAUUAUAAAAUGUAAGCAUUUCAUUCCAUCUAGGUGCUUCAAGACUGCAAACCAAUCCUUAUUUUAUAAAAUGACAAAUGUGUAAUGGCUUGCUAUGAUUUUGAAGGUGAUAGAUUUGUUGAAAAUUUUGGUUGCUAUUUAUAAAGAAAUACUUUAGUUUAAGAACUAAUUUAUUAAAAGGUUUUUAUUGAAUAAUUUGUUGGGCAGAAAAUUUAUUAAACUGUCAGAGACAAUGUAAUUUAUUUAGUGAAUUAAAUAAAUAAAAAUUAUAUUGAAUAAUGUAAUUAGAAUGCUUAGGAAAUUUGUUUAGAAUGUGAAAUUGGUUAUGAAUUGAGCAUAAAUCAUAGAUAAUGUGUUCCAAAAUGUGGUGAUGGAAUUAUUUAAAAUUUAGAGAUUUGUGACGAUUCAAACAACCUGCAAUAAGAUGGAUGUUAUAAAUGUUAAUAAAGUUGCUAAUUAGAAUGUUUAAAUUGUGUCAAUGGAAUAUGCUUAAUUUGUCCUGAAGGUUGGUAAUUAAUCAAUAAUACUUGUUAACAAAUAUGCGGAGAUGGUUUAAUAGCAAUUUAGUCAAAUGAAUAAUGUGAUGACGGUAAUUAAAUAGAUGGAGAUGGUUGUUUUUUAUGUUAAUUUGAAUGCAGUCCAUAUUGUCUUUAUUGUAUCGAUCAAAAUGAGUGUUAAUAUUGUUAGAAUCACUUUGAACUUAUAAAAAAAGGAUGUAGACCCAUAUGUGGAGAUUUAUAUAUAGUUGAAGGAUUGGAGGAUUGUGAUGAUGGAAAUCAAAUUUCUAAUGAUGGUUGCCAUGAAUGCUAAUUUCAGUGUGAAAUUAAUUGUUAAACAUGUAUAAAAGGAAAAUGCAUUGAGUACUAAAAACCAGAAGAACCGAUAACAAAUGAUACUACAAUAAUCAUAUAAUAAAUAGAUUAAAUUUGCAGUUAGGGAUGCCUAUUUUGUUUAGAAGGGAAGUGUUAAUAUUGUGAUAACAUCUCAACACUUUAGAAUGAAUAAUGUGUUCAAUGUGGUAAUGGAAUAAUAUAGGAAGAUGAAUUUUGUGAUGAUGGAAAUACUAUAAAUAAUGAUGGAUGUUCAGAACACUGCAAUAUUGAAUAAGGUUGGGAUUGCAAUAUUCCUAACGAACAAUUUAGUCAAUGUUAUAAAAUAACCUAGUUAUCUCUAAAUUUCCUUAACCAAACAUAUAAUACUUAAUAUCUAAGUUUCACAUAUACAAAAAAAGUUCGGUUGAAUCAGUCUAAUCAAACUUUCAUUGAUUAGGCUUCUGUAUUUAUUAAAGAUUUGGAUUCAGAUUAAUAUAAUCUAAGUAUAGAACCUGUAACCGAAAUCAUUUUUGAAUUAGUAAGAGAUAUUAACUAUAUUAUUAAACUUACUUUUCUUGAAUAGAUAGAAAAUAAAACUACGCUGACAGUCUCUUUAACUACUAUAUUAUUGGAUGAGAAUAAUAUCCUAGUUCCUCCAAGUUCUUCUGAUACUGAACUCAAAAUUCCUUAAGUUAUGGAUGUUGUGCAAAUGCAAAAUACAUAAAGACUUAAGGUUGUUGGAUAGAGAAUCAUGAUGGGACUAUCUGGAUUUGGAGUAUUAUGUUUACUAUUUGGAUAAUUAGCAUCAUUUUUAGAAAUUCUUGAUAUCCUAUAAUAUCAAUCUUACCUUAGGUUCAUAAAUGUAGAAUUUCCUUAAAAUUUAUAUAUUUAUUUUUAGUCAUCAGAUUUUGUACAAAUACAAAAUAUUCUGAUAAAUUUUAGAAUAGAAGAAACAUUAAAUUUAUUUAUUUAUUAAGACAAUAUUCAAAGUAAAGGCAAAUUUUAUGAAUAUCAACUCAAUGCCGAUUUAUUGAGCAAUAUUUAUGGAUAGGUAGUCUAAAUUUUAGUAAUUUUCUUUUGCUAUUUGUUACUUAUGUUUUAUAUUUUUUUAACAAAGAAUACUAAAUGUACAGCUAGGUACUUGUAUAAUAUUAGAAUAAUAAAUUGCAAAAUCGUAACUUAUAUUGCAAUUAAAUUGUAUUAUUUAAACAGAAGAAUCCAUAAAUUAACUUAGAAGAAAUUAAGUUAAGAAUUCAUUUUUUUUUUUCAAAGCAAUAGUUUUGACCUAAUUUUCAAAACACUACUUUUUUUAGACUCAAAUGUAUUACUUAACUUGAGAUCAAAAAUAUCAUUUGGAAUUUGUUUGAUGCUUUUUGUUGUAGUGAUAAAAAGUUUAAUUAUACCAUUUUAAAGAAUGAGUAAACUAGGAGGAAUUAAAAAUUUUAAGGAAUAAUAGCUUGAGUCGAUUAUAUUGUUAAAAAAGUUUUUAUUUCUAUUAAUUUUAAUCAAGAUUUAAGUCGAACCUCUGCUUCAGUGUUUUUUAUUAUCCUUUUGCUAAUUACUAUUUAUUUAAGUCAUAUGGUUUUUUUCAUUAGCAAAUUCAAAGUUCGAAUUUAUAUUAAUCCUUUUGAAUGAAUUUCCAAUAAUGCUGUUUACUUUCAUGAACGCAGCAUUUUGCUCGGACUUUUUAUAGUAUUUUAAUCAACAAACAAAACUAUUCAUUGGCUUUUUUUUAAUUGGAAUUUUGCUUAUUAGUAUAUUUGGGCCAAUUAUUAAAUAAAUAAGUCGAAUUUAUAAUAAAAUGUCAAAUUUUUUAAGUGAAAGAAAAGAAAGGAUAAAAAAAAUAUAAAUUCAGUCUAUCUUCUAUACUUUCACCUAUAAAAUGAAAUGA